UUGUAAACACAUUUUGGAAUCGGAAUUAAAUCGCGCGAGCCCUUAAAAUGUGGCUACGAGAUCUAGGUCUUCGUCUGAGUUUCAUUCAGUUGAUGGUGUGUCUGCCCACCAUUUACACCAAUGUGCCCACCUAUUCAGAGCGAUACAAUAGGAGACCUGUAUCCCAGGAUCCUGGUAGCUAUGGUAGCCGUGGAUAUAUGGAAAACAGGCAGCUGUCCUUUAAUCGACCUGGACCAAACAGCUUCCAGGAUCCCAGAAUGGUUGAGCAGCCACCGAAACGUCGCGAAUAUAUGAUUCGAUCGCAUGAAACGCCGUCCGAUAGAGGGCAGCAUAAGUGCCGCAUUUUGGUGCCACCCGAUACGGUUGAAAAGUACCCGCAUGCCAGUGUCAUCCAGCCGGACCAGGCUAACCGGUUGUCCCUGAUCGAGGUCUGCUGCACCGGCUACGCGCCCAGUCGAUUCAAGGGCGUCACCGUGUGCCGGGCGCAAUGUGGCUGUCAGAACGGGGGUUGCAGAAUUCCGGGGGAGUGCGAGUGCUACGAGGGAUUCGUGAAGAACGACAACGGCGACUGUGUGUUCGCCUGUCCGCUGGGCUGCCAGAAUGGCCAGUGCUUCCUCGACGGCAGCUGCCAGUGCGAUCCUGGCUACAAGCUGGACGAGACGCGUCGCUUCUGCCGCCCCAUCUGCAGCAAUGGGUGUGGCAUCAGUCCGCGGCACAACUGCACCGAACCGGAGGUCUGCGGCUGCUCCAAGGGAUACCAGCUCACCGACGACGGUUGCCAGCCCGUUUGCGAACCGGACUGCGGAAUCGGGGGCCUCUGCAAGGACAACAACCAGUGCGAAUGCGCACCGGGCUUACAUAUCAGGGAUGGCGUCUGCCAGGCCGAUUGCUAUCAAAAGUGCAACAAUGGCGUUUGUGUCAGUCGCAAUCGGUGCAUCUGCGAUCCGGGAUUCACCUACCACGAGCAAUCCACCAUGUGCGUUCCGGUCUAGGCGGCCCACAACUUUAACCAAUCUUACAUUUUGAUCUCCACUCGUGUCAAAAUAAAAGUUGAGAAAAUAUAAAAUACCCCAAUAUAAAGUACAA